UUACAAAAAACAUGGGUGUCAAAAUUGAAUCUUACGAGGCUGGUGAUGGUGUCAACUUCCCCAAGAAGGGUGAUAAGGUGACCAUGCACUACGUUGGUACCCUCGAGAACGGCAAGAAGUUCGAUUCUUCCCGCGACCGCGGAAAGCCUUUCUCCUGCGUCAUUGGUGUUGGCCAGGUUAUCAAGGGCUGGGAUGAGGGUGUCCCCAAGAUGUCUCUUGGUGAGAAGGCUAGAUUGACUUGCUCCUCUGACUACGCCUACGGUGACCGCGGUUACCCCGGACUCAUUCCUGGUGGUGCCACUCUCAUCUUCGAUGUUGAGUUGUUGAAGAUCAAUUAGAAACAUCAUUAUUAUGCUGCACAUAAUUUGGCAUCUCAAUAGUUAAUGAAUUAUUGGAUAGUUGAAGAAAUCCGUCAAUUGAAAAAUAUAUUAUUAUUAUUAUUAUUAUUAUUAUUAUUUAAUGAGUGCUCUUUUUGGUUUUUGGUGUAUGAAUUACACGUCUACUAGACGUGAACAAAAUAAAUAUAUGUAGAAGAGACAAAAAAAGUG